AUGGCUCGAGACAAGUGGGAUCUUCCGCGUUCAAGUUGGAACGACCUCCGAUGCCCGCCUUCAGCUUCAGGCCCGAUGCAUCAUUGGGGCGGGUUGGACUUCCUCAAAGCGCAUGAAUUCAAUGACGGCCCAUGUGUCCUGCUAGUUGAUCCGCUCGUGCAGGUCGACCAGAUCUCAUCCGCCCAUCCUGUCAUUCAUAGCGUUUGCCGCAUGUCCGCUGCUAUAGGCGUGGUUUUCAACGGGGCCAGGUGUUGGAUCCGGCACAUCUACGGAGGAUUAGUGAACCUCUCGCAAGUUCUCCCAGCGGACAUCGGCGCUGCCGCCGCAUGCGAGGCUUAUCGCAUAUUCAAUUACAGAUGCUACAUGGUCUUCGAGCCGCUAGGCCAAGACGUGCACGCCAGAUAG